AAGAACCAGGAACUUACCCUUUCCGUUAUGUGAGGCUAAAAUCUCAAUAACCCCACAAUAAGAAUACCCGCGACCUACUCAAUUGUCUUCCGCCAAGCAAUACCCAAGAUGGUGUCGAAAAAGACAGUGGCACCUUACGGGACGUGGACCAGCCCCAUCACAACAGACGUUGUAGCAGGAAGCAACCUCAGCUUCUCUGAAGUCCACACCGACCCCAAAACAGGAGCAAUCUACCUUGUCGAAGGCCGCCCCUCAGAAAAAGGACGACAAGCCAUCGUCCAGCUCAAAGGAACAGAAAGCAUCGACAUCCUCCCUGCAAAACACAACGCAAGCGGCAAAAUCCACGAGUACGGGGGCGGAGCAGCCGCGAUAGCAUCAGACGGGAAUAUUAUUUUCACCGACUCGAAAACCGACGCGGUGUUUAGCCUCUCUCCUUCCAGUGGCGAAGUGACGGAGCUCAUCAAGGGAGAUGCUAAAUUGAGAUUUGCUAACUUUUGUUCCCAUCCAGAAGAUCCUGACCUCAUUCUUGCUAUCCAGGAAGACCAUCGUGGGGAUGAGGUUAUCAAUACUGUUGCAGCUAUUAAUGCGAAGACGAAGGAAGCAAGGACUGUUGUCAAGGGUGCUGAUUUCUACAGUCAUCCAAAGUUUAGUCCCGAUGGGAAGAAUAUCUCUUGGGUCCAGUGGAUGCAUCCUGAUAUGCCUUGGACUGGCAGUGAAGUGUAUGUUGCUGACUGGAAAGACGAAAGUUUGGAGAAUAUCACCAAGAUUGCGGGACAGGCAAGGGCUGAGAGUAUUGUUCAGCCGAAAUGGCUGUUUGAUGGGUCUCUUAUGUUUGUCAGUGAUCGAUCCGGAUUCUGGCAAUUAUAUCGCUACGAUGUGAAGACUCUCCAGGUCGAGCAACUUCUCAUUGAGGGAUUUCAAAAUGCAGACUUGGGAGCAAGAGAAAUGGUUCUUGGUUUUUCAACGAAUAUUCCGUUGAAUAAAGAUGAAAUCAUCGUAACAUAUACCAGGGAGGCAACUAAUGGAAUCCUCCUUUACAACAUCCUAAAGAAGUCGGCGACGGAACUACCUCUUGGCCUUGUCAGCAUCUUCAGCGCUGCAAUCAGCCGAGUAUCUGAUACCCAGUUCGCUGUCAUAGGUGGAACGAAAACUAGCCCAGUUGGGCUUUACAUUGUGGAUGUCACAAAACCGACGGAGAAGCAGCUCCUCAAAAGCUGCAGCGGGGUCGAAAUAUCGCCUUCAUAUCUCUCUGCCGCCCAAACUAUCUCGUUUCCUCGGACCCAUGGUAAUGCUUUGAGCAGUCCAGCUCACGCCAUUUUCAUCCCACCCCGCAACGACGACUUCGAAGCCCCUACUGGAACCAUCCCACCCCUCAUCAUCUCCAUCCACGGCGGCCCCUCUUCUCACGUCAAUCCCGGCCUGACCCUCGGCGCACAAUACUUCACAUCCCGUGGGUACGCCUACUGCUAUGUAAAUUACGCAGGCUCAACCGGUUAUGGACGGAAGUACCGCGAUGCAUUAAACUACAACUGGGGCAUUAAAGACUGCGAAGACUCCGUCUCGUGCAUCGAGUACCUCGCCUCCAAGCACCUAAUCGACGGCUCGAAGGUCGGCAUCACAGGCGGCAGUGCAGGAGGUUACACAGUCUUGAACGGAAUGUGCAUGUUCCCUAAAGCCUUCGCAGCAGGAAACAGCCUCUUCGGUAUCAGCAACCUGAAGACUUUAGCGGCCGAUACACAUAAAUUCGAAUCCCAUUACCUCUUCGACCUCAUCUUCCCUGACACCGCAACGGAAGAAGAAAGAGAGAAAGUUUAUUAUGAGAGGAGUCCUUGUUUUCAUGCGAGUAAAAUUGAGAGGCCGUUAUUGAUGCUGCAAGGAGAUAAAGAUAAAGUGGUGCCAUUGAAUCAAGCGGAGGAGAUGGAGAGGGUCCUCAAGGCAAAGGGGGCUGAUGUUAACUUGGUUGUUUUUGAGGGGGAAGGACACGGGUUUGCGAUGAAGGAGAAUAUUAAGAGGGCCAUUGAAGAGGAGGAGGCGUUAUGGAGGAGGACUUUGCUGUGAUGCUUGCAUGUUCGCUCUGAUUGACCACGUGACCAACCCCCCCUUUUCUCAGUUCGCGAGAGUUCGACUAGAGACAAAGAUAGAUAUAGCGCCGCCAUGCUAAUUACUACAAAUGGAUCUUCUAGCGUUCACUCUGCAAUAGUUUUGUCGAAUCAUUAGAAACAAGAUCAUGCGCCACCGCCCAUGGCCAGAUUCAAC